AUGUCUUCUCUUCUUGUUCAACACUCCGCCGUCGCAGCCUCCGCGACUCUCGCUUCUGCAUCUCGGAGAGCAGAUGGCGCCUCGUCAGCGCCUUUCGCGCCGCUCCCUGGCCGCAAGUCGGUGACGUCAGCCACAUUCACAGGGGGAAGGUCACAGCUCUCUUCGUCUGCUCUUCGACUAGAAUCGUCCACGUCAGCAGCUGCGUCUACGCGGAAUGUCUCCGUGGCCGCGUCAUCUUCGUCGCCGUCCAGCUCGGAGGAGGUGUUCUUCGACAGUGGCCCGCACGUGGGCGAUCUGGCCCUGAAUCUAGUGCUGGGCUUCACUGGCGUGUGGCUGCCGCUCACCCUCGCCUCCGCCUUCCGCGUCCUUACGCUGCGCUACCGCUUCACCAACCGCCGCUUCACUGUCCUCUCUGAGAUCGAUGAGAAGGAGAGACUUGAGUACCCAUACUCGCUAACCAUUCUCCCCAUUCCUUCCCUGCACCUCGUAUCAAAGGUGCGCUUGGCGCCCCGUCUGUUAUUCAAGACUGGACCUCAUCCCUCUCCCUGCCUACCCACCCCCACCGCUGCCUCCUCUUGUCCUCCUAAUCCCCCCCCUCUCCUUGCCCCGCAGCUCGUAUCAGAGGUGCGAUCAGUGCCACGCUUCAUAGGCGAGUGGGGAGACAUCUCCAUUAUCCUAAAGGACAAGUCGGUCAUUGACCUCAGGAGCGUGCCCAAGUUCAGGGAAGUCGCCAAGUACUGUGAGGAGCGCGCCACGGCUGCUGCUGCUCGCGAAGCCAAGAGUGCUGCUGGAAAAAGCAGCAGCAAGGGGUUUGACACCGCAGCGUAG